ACUUGCCCUUGGCCCUGGCAAGGAAGCGGAGUGAAACUGACCGAUUGACACUUAUUUGUUGCCGCCGCCGUCGCCGCGACUCGUACAUCCCGUGGGCUGUGAAAUUAACACGUGAAACUGACCGAGUGAUACUUUGUUGCCACCGCCGCUCAGUCUGAUACAUCCCUCGCUGUGAAACUGCCCGGUUGAUACAUUGUUGCCGUCGUCCAAACUGAUACAUCCGCGACACGUGAAGCUGCCACUUUGUAUCCAACUGCCUGUGUUCGAGCAGCGACAUGAGUAGAUACAGCAAACAAGAAGUUUAUCAAAACUUUCUGGACUUUUAUCAGAAAGCUCUGGCCUCGGGCAACCUAUCUCCCUGCACCGGGGAGGAGCAGGUGCUCCAGGGCAGGCUCUUCCUCAAUUCUGUGACCGGCGCGGGACACCGCUUCCAGUUCCUGGACUUCUACCGCCUGGCCUUGGAUUUGAUUGAAUCCAAGGACAGUCAAGACUUGGAGGAAGAUGGUUUUCGAGGUCUGAGCAAAGCCUUCGAAUUGCUGGAGAUGUUGGCCGUCAAUUUGUACAUGUGGCCCUGGCGGAAGGAGAUCAAGUCGAUCAAGACUUUCACUGGAGCCUUUGUGUACUUCAUCCAACCGGUGUUCCCUCCCGGAGUUCUGCGGGAGAUUUUGGAGAAGUUGGGCUACGUUCAGAAAGGAGGCAGCGAGUUUGUGAUGGCGGGGGAGGUGAACGAGGAGGCGGUUGGACAGCUCGGCUUUGAAUUCUUCUUGGCCAGGGCAGAGUGCGAGGUGAUGCAGGAGAUGCUGGGACAGGCACCUUCUCGGAGGCUCCAGGACAUCGUCCAGCUGAGGUGCGGGGAGUCAGUGAGGCAGGACGACGGUGGGAAGCGACUCGGCUGUGGCUCCGCGGGGGCCGGCGAAGGGGCCGGAUCGGGGAACGAGGGGGCCCCACAGUCCGAUGAGUUCCCCGCCCCGCUCCACUUCCCUGACCAUCCCUUGCCCCUGGCAGAGACCAAUGCCGGUGGGAUCUUUGAGCUAGAGGCACGGGGUCUCAAGAACGACCCAUUGACAUCGUUGCUGCCAGACAGCAUUGACCUGUACAGCGAUGCCGUCGUGGGAGGAGAUCGGAGAUAUCUGCCGGACCUGGCGGCUUGUUUGAGUCCCGGUGAGUUGGGGCAGUGCAAUUCCCUUCUGGUUCUGGAUAAAUCGCUGGUGGACAAUGCCCGGGCGGAAACACUGGGGAAACUCGCACCUCGACUGAAUCUCUACUCCAGUUCAAUCCUCCUCGACAACUGUCUGGAUGGUCGGCCUUCCAAUUUGAGUGUUGGUAACCUUCCCGAUGGGAGGCCUCUGAGGAAGACGGACAACGACGCCAUGGACCAGAAACCAGCAAUCAAACAGGAAUACCCCGAUGAGAAGAGGUCAGGGAAAAGCCCUCAGAACAAGUCCUCCCCGAAGUGCGGUGGGUUCACGAGUGGGACAGGCAACAGUCAGAAGAGGGAAUGUGUUUCGGCUGUGGAGAUACAGUUGAAGAACAGGGAGUUGGAGAUGCUGUCCUAUCCCACAGCGGAGACCGUUGGGCCGGCGGUGCCACGUCCGAUGGACGACUUUGCAUCCUCGGAGUCACAGGGCCCAGGGCGGAGUCCACGGGAGCCCCCAGGGGCCAGAGUGCUUUGGUUGAACCAGCGGCCCCAUGACCUCCAGACCUGCCAACGCCCUGGUGUGGCCGAGUGCUGCUUGUGUUCCCCCGUGGAGAUAGUCACCGGGCAGCCGCUGAUGGAUGGCCCCGAGUUCGGGCGCAGCUCGGCUCAGGAGAGCGGGGGCAGCGUUGUCCGUGAACCGCCGCAGUCCUUCUACAUCCCACCCAGCAGCCUGGAGAGCCGGCCGCUCCUCGCCUCUCCCCAAGACCCCCGGCCCCCCCGCCCCUGCCCCGAUUGUCGCCGGGAACACCUUCACGAGCAGGAGCUGGUGAUCGGAGGCAGCGGUGAUCCCUACAUCUACGUGAGCAAGCUGGCGGGACAGGGCACGGACGGCGAGGGCUGGUCCACCAGGUGCAACCACUACGAGGAGGACGUGUAGACAACGCCCUUCCAUCGGGAACUCUCUCUGUGACGGUGCCAGUCUAUGCUCUCAGGAGGCGUCAGCUCAGCUAAUCCUGCCCGGCUUCUUCCUACUUCCCGCACCAAGGGCCAGGAAGCAUCAAAUCAACCAGGGCUUCCAAUCCUGCUCCCCAGCAGUCAACGCUCUAUCAGCGAUGCUUGCAAGCAAAGAUUAGUUAUCCUGCUGCCAGAUAGUGCCCAGGUGGCUGAAGGUUCGAAUAAAAGUCGGUGGAGCAAGUGCAGCAUCUCCACAACAACCUGCGGGGUUGCGUGAAGCCAAUCACUGCCAAAUAACCAGUGUGCCUCCAACCUUAAACCCAAUCACCCAACUCUCCUCACCACCCGCCCCUACUGCCUUUACCUGUAUCCACAUAUCGUUCCCAGGAGGUAAAUGCAGAUGUUGGUUUACACCAAAGAUAGACACAAAGUGCUGGAGUAACUCAGUGGGUCAGGCAGCAACUCUGGAAAAAUGACGUUUUGGGUCGGAACCCUUCCACACAUACACACAGAGCUGAAGAAUGGUUCCGACCUGAAUCGAUCGAUGCUCCGUGUGGACUUGAUGGGCCGAAGGGCUUGUUUCCAUGCCGUAUCCCCAAACUACACGAAAGAAGGUGUAGAUAGAGGUAGUUAAGAGGCUUUUAGAUAGGCACAUGGAUAUGCAGGGGGCUGGAUGGAUGUGGGUCACAUACAGGCAGAGAAGAGUUGCUCUUGGCAUCAUGCUCAGCACUGACAUUGGGCCGAAUGGCCUGGUCCCGUGCCUUACGUGUAACUCCGUGGAUCAGGCAGCAUCUCCAGCCGACCUGCUGAGUUUCCCCAGCACUCUGUGUUUUGUUUCAGUAAAGAGAUGGUUUGUGUCAGCACGUGAGGUGGAUGGACACGUAUGUAUUGGGUGCACAUGUAUGUGUGUGUGUGUGUGUGACAUGGUGAGCAUACAAACCAACCUGGGACGGACUCAACUCUGCUGCAAUGCUCUGUACCUUGUUAAUGCUACUUUAAUCAAAGAAUAAAAUAUCAGGUGAACCUCA